CUGCUUGGAGAGUAGAGUAAGAAUUCAACAAGAAGUAGAGAAACAUGGCAGAGAAAGUGAGUGGUGAAAUGUCGGAAGACAGUUCGGACUCCGCUGCUGCGGUGUCGCAAGACCUUCGGAGUGUUCUGGUCACCAGCGUUCUGAACCUAGAGAAGCUGGAUAAAGAUCUGUACAGAGGGACUCACCACUGGGUACCCCGUACCCGUCGUCUGUUUGGGGGUCAGAUUAUUGGCCAGGCCCUGGUGGCUGCAGCAGAGUCUGUUGGGGAAAACGUUUUGGCUCACUCUCUCCAUUGCUACUUUGUACGGGCAGGAGACCCCAAGGUGCCAGUGCUGUACCAGGUGGAGAGGACCAGGGACGGUCGUAGUUUCAGCGUGCGGUCAGUGAAGGCCAUCCAAUACGGUCAGCCCAUCCUCAUCUGCCAGGCCUCCUUCCACAGUAACCAGCCCUCUCCUCUGCAGCACCAGUUCACCAUGCCCUCUGUCCCCCCUCCUGAAGACCUGCUGACGGGGGAGGAACUCAUACAGCUCUACCUCAGUAAGCCAAACUUGGCUGAGAAAGCCAAACAGGGCCUGAACAAGCUGCUAGCUGACGAGGUUCCCAUAGAGAUUAAACCUGUCAAUCCUCCAGACUUCUACCGCUGCGUUGCCAUGGAACCCAAGAAGCUGUACUGGGUGCGCGCUAAAGGCCACAUCGGUAAAGGUGAUAUGAAGCUCCACUGCUGUGUGGCAGCCUAUGUGUCAGACUAUUCGUUCCUGGACACUGCUCUCCUGCCCUACCCCGGGCAGCGCGCCACUUUCUUAGCCUCUCUGGAUCACGCCAUGUGGUUCCACAACACCUUCAGGGCAGACGAAUGGAUGCUCUACGAGACUGAGAGCUCUUGGACUGGGGGCAGCAGAGGGCUGGUUCAGGGACGUCUGUGGAGGAGAGAUGGGGUGCUGGCUGCCAGCUGUGCCCAGGAGGGGGUACUCAGGGUGAAGGCCUUGACGACCAGCGCCGUGACGAACGAGAGCAAGCUAUAACCAUGACAACCUUUUAAAUGGCUGAUGAAGCCAUGUAGAGUCAGGAGACUGGCUGCGUUUACACAGGCAGCCCAAAUAUGAUCUCUUUUCUGCCAAUUGUUUUUUUGACCAAUCACAUCAGAUCUCUUCACAUAUAUUUGUCAGAGCUAAUAUAAUUGGUCAAAAGACCAAUUAGUGAAAACAAGUCUAAUUAGAGACACCCUGCUGACAAACGGCUGGUGGCCACGGUGUGUUAGUGAUCACCUGCUGGGUGUUGAUGAACGGCUGCUGGCCACGGUGUGUUAGUGAUCACCUGCUGGGUGUUGAUGAACGGUUCAACCUCCUCACCAGCCUACAUCCCCAGCCUACAUCCCCAGCCUCCAUCCCCAGCCUACAUCCCCAGCCUACAUCCCCAGCCUACAUCCCCAGCCUUCAACUUCAGCCUCCAUCCCCAGCCUUCAACUUCAGCCUCCAUCCCCAGCCUUCAACUUCAGCCUCCAUCCCCAGCCUUCAACUUCAGCCUACAUCCCCAGCCUUCAUCCCCUGCCUCCAUCCCCAGCCUUCAACUUCAGCCUCCAUCCCCAGCCUCCAUCCCCAGCCUUCACCCCCUUCUGCAUCUACAAUCUACUGAACCAUGUGGUGAUGAUUAUAAUGAGUUGAUUCUGACUGAAUAGAUUUUCUGAUCAAGAUAAAGAUUUCCAUAUAUAUGAACUAUUUUAUAUUUAAUUAUUUUACCUUUUUAAAUUAUUUGAUAAUUGUUGUUUCUAUUUGUUGUGUCCAUUGUGGUUCCAUAAGCUUCCCUUAUUAAUUGUUCAUAUUUCAAUAAUGUCUAUCUUUUCAGGAAUGUACAGGAAAUGUACAGUCAGGUCCAGUAAUUAUUGACAUCCUUGAUAAAGAUGAGCAACAAAGACUGUAUAAAAUAAAUCAUUGAAAUAUUGAGCUAUAUUGUAUGCAAAAAAUGUAAUUUGUUAUUUUAUCCUAGAGAUUUUGUUUAACAAGUAAUAAAAAAUCUCAAAAAGA